AUGAAUAUCCAAUCUCAGGCUUCAAAUUAUUCUAAUGAGGAAUUUGUUUCUUUGCAGGAUGUGUUGUAUGCAUUUAACAAUAGUUUAAGUGAAGAACAAUCUUGGGCGGUUUGUUAUCAGUGUGCACAAUAUUUUGAGCAAAAUCCGUCCCAGGAAGUUUUUAGAGAUAUUUAUUAUUAUGGAAUUAUUGCUAUUCGGUUAUCAAAAGAAGGAGAUAUUAAAAUAGAAGUAAACUUCAAUCAGGGUUCUGGAAAAGGUCCCCCUAAAAAAAGAAGCUCAUUUUCACUAAGCCGGGAAUUUAAAACUGUGAUCACGCCAAUAGAUGUACGACAAGCCCUGGGAACUGCAAUAUACAAAGCUUUAGAUUAUGGUCUGAGUGAGUCGGAGGAGCCACACUUGAGUCCGGAACUUGAGGAGCUAAUAGAGUUCCUCACUGAUCACCCAUUACCCACGGACGAUGAUGAAGGUAUAGAUAUAGAGCGAGAUUCCGACCAGGAUAUCGAAGAUAGUCAGAAUAGAGAACAUUCAGAAUUCCAGUACAUCAUUGAUUGUUGUGUUAAACGUCUUUCAAGUCAUCAGAAUGCUCAGCUCCACUACAAGGCUGUGUGCCGUGCCCUCGCCACAGAGACCACGGAACUUGUUACCUUUCUUGAUAACAUUGUUAAAGGACAAGAGAAGUUGGCUACCACUGGUCAUGCUGGUGAUGACCAACCCUCAGUGGACGACCUUGAAAGGUCAGAUUGGGCAAGGUUAUGGGUACAGAUCAUGCGUGAGUUACGGCAUGGGGUACGGUUAAAAAAGGUCGAGCAGGUUCAUCUACUUCCGGUUGAGUUUGAGUUGACACCGUUUGAGAUUUUGCUUGAAGACAUUCGCCUUGGCAGAUAUAAACUGAACCGGAUAAUGGUAAAUGGUGACAUUCCAAGACAGGUGAAAGAUGAUGCUCAUGCUGUAAUACUGGACUUCAUAAGAUCCAGACCCCCACUUAAACCUGUAAAUCGUCGUCAAUUAAAAGAGCGGCCCCUCAACAUGGACCCAAGGGAAUUGCUUUUAGAAAGUAUUCGCAAACCCCAGACGCUUAAGCCUGUCAAGCAAGGCAAGGUUGUAGUUCGUAAGCCAACAUUAGACUGUGAUACAAAUUAUUCCUCAGAGGAAGAGAGUCCAAAACAAGUGAGAAAAGUCAUAAAACCAGUCGCAGCCUUUCAGGUGUCAAAUGGGAGCAAGGAGGUUUCAACUGAUGAUUCUGACUCGUACUUCUCCGAUCCAGAUGAUGAUUAUCGUAACCAUAUCAACGCCCCUGUGAUGUCACCCCUGGAACCUAUUUACCCGGAUGCUGAUGAUGUUACUUGGAAACGUGCCGUUGCAAAAGAUCUUGUUAGACAACCUUCUAAUAACUGUAGCUCUGUAACAAGACGUCAUACAAUAAGUGCCUGUGAUAUAAAAAGUGGGAAAAAGGUACCUUCCCAGCAUGCCCCUCUUCCUGAAGAGGAAGCAGACGAUGUUGUGCAUGGUGGAUAUUUUAAUCGUACUCAUGCUGCAAGAAAAGCUACGAAAAUUGUAUCAUAUCGUAAAAAGCACCACAAUGUACAGCAUGCUAUUAGUGAUAAUCCACAAACAUUCGCUGCACAGAACGGUGUUCCUGAUAGGUCGAAAUCCCCGCUUAGGCAUGUCAGUCAAUGUGUAUUGUCAAAAUCGCAUGGAAAUAUUGUUGACAAUGUAUUUUCAGUUCAUAAUAAUGUGCAUGAUAUGUCGUCUAGUGAUACUUCUCGUUUAUCCCGUUCUGCCAGUGUAGCCUCUAUUUCAGAACCUCAAAGGUGUAAGUCUCCCAGUCGCCAUAUUGGACGCUCUCAGUCACCCAGAAUGCAUGCUGGUAGACCUGAAUCGCCUGUUCGGCAUUUAUCACGUUCAGAAACAUUUACUUGUAGUGUCCCUCGUAAAUCGCGUGUUUGUAUGCGUAGUGAAACCCAUAUAGCAACCCGCUGUGACUCUCCCCAGACUCGUGCUAUGAGACAUUCUGAUAGUUUUCCGCCUCCAAGAUCGGAAAGCCCAAAUCAUUCUUGUAGAGCAGAAUCUCCUAGAAGACAUUCUGUUCAUAUGGUGCAUAAUUCAAAUGACAAUGCAUGUGAAAGUCAAGAUAAAAGUGACAGGUCCCGUAGACAUUCUUUUCAGCAUGCGCAUGGUUUUGUUUCUCAUACUUCUCGUAAUAUGCCAAAUUCUCGUUCAGUUCAGAGGAAUACAAGUCUUACAAGUGCAUGUGUAUCAAAAUCUAAGCAUGAAUCAUCAAAAGAAGCAUGGUCAGAAAAUCACCGUCAUGGUAACAGGUCCAGUUCACAGUUACCGAGUCGAGACCUACCACAGACCAGUAUUGAUAAUAUUAAUUCGAAGCUUAAUAGAAAUUCUUUGUCAAAAUCUGAAAAUAAUGAAUCUUUACAUGACAGUAAAACUUCUUAUCCACAGGAUGGAGUUACUGAUGAAAAAACUGAUAAUGUGACACUUCGAAGGUCAAGGACAGCAAUUGUAAGAGCAAGGUCGCGACCCGAUGUUCGGUCAAAAGAUAUCAAAGAUGAAGAGGAGAAACAUUUCAAGUUAAUUGAAAGUCUUGCUUUAAAAACAGGUCGAACGGAUGAUAGUAAUAGAGCAAGACCUGCCAGUGAAAUUGAAUCAAACGGUAAAACUAGGUCACAGGUUGCCAGAGCAAGAAGCUGUGUUGAUAGGUCUAUGGUAUCAAGAUCUAUUGACAGUAGAAUUCCAGUAAGAUCUGAAAAAACGGCCUCUGGCUUUACAAGAAAAGAUUCGUCUGAGGCUGAAAAUGGUGAAAGUGAGACCCAAUCAAAGCCUAAAAGAGCUGUUAGACUGUCCCGUCAAUCUGCAAUAAGGACUGAAGGUUCAGAAAUAAGAUCAAAAUUACAGAAUAAAACUGCUGGAGAAAAAGCAAGUGAAAAAUCUGAGGUGGAACCUGCCAAGCAAUCAGAAUCUUUACCACGAGAAUCAAGAACUAGACGAGUUGGUAUCGUUGCCAAUGAAAACAAUGUGACUGAUAAAAAUAAUUCUUCUUCAGCAGACGAAAGUGUUAAUAAACAGGAAGUGACAUCAUUUGAAAGGGAGAAUACAUCUCGACGACGUGAAUUCAGACAAGUGAUAAAUAGACCAAUUUUAAGGUCAAGGUCAGAAGUUAGACCGGAAAUGAGGCCUGUAAAAGGUUCUCAUAAUUUACCUGUAGAUUUUGAGCAUAAUAACCUUGAUCAUUUAGAUGAUAAGCACGUUAUUGUACCCCCGCCAGAGUUUAGGGACCCAGAUGAUAACAUUACGCCAACAAAUGAAACAAAUUCGCUCAGUUUCGAUAAUGAAAGUGUUCCAGAUGUGAUUAAGACAAGUCGUGCAGAGUUUAAAGUGGUAGAUUUACUGCAUCAUAAAUGGCAGAAUCCUAUAGAAUGUUUGUCACUGACGCUAGAGGAAGUGACCCAUAUCAGAUGUGUGCUGACAAAAGCUGAACUCGAAAGUUUGAUCACCAAUCAAGACCUGUACCAUCAAGUCAGCAAGGGAAAGGUUUGUUUUACGUGUAAGAAGACCAAGUUUUCCUUAUUUGGCCAGUGGGGAACAAAGUGCAAAUUCUGUCAAAGAACUGUCUGCAAUUACUGUCUCAGAAAAAUGAGUGUCCCAACUGAGCAUUUUGAGAAGAUUCCAGUGUAUACACUCAGUCCCGUCCCCCUUAGUCCAGAAGUGCUAGAGGCCCUCAAAGUAUAUGAAAGCACAGGUUCAGUGCCUCAUAGUCCUGUAACGUCUAGAAAAACAACAGAGGUAGACAACAGUAAAACACCAGAUGAACCAGAAACACCAGUACCAGAUGAGAAUAAAACUGCCAAUAGGAGAAAGUCUCUACAGCGAUCACAUACCAUAGGUGUUGGUGUCGGGUCAAGGCCGCCACCAAAUAAGGCUCUGUUGAAAGGACCACAGAUGAGCAUAUGUUGUGAUUGUAAAACCAUGAUUAUGGAAAUAAUUCGAGCCAGUAGAUCUUCUGUAUCCCUUAUAACAGGCAAGCAGGAGGGUCAAGACGGGGAGAAAAAUAAAGACUCUAUGACCCCUAGAGGUCAAAUUUCAGCAAGGUCAUCAGUAGUAAUGAGACCUAGACAUUUACAUCUGGAAGAAAGACCGAGGCCAAGAUCGAUGCUAGAUAAUUUUAAAUCUUUCAACUUUUCAAAAACAAGUACUGAUGCAUAACGCAGAUAUAUUUAUUCACCAUGUUACAUUAUCCUGACAUUUUGUUUUGCAAUUUACAUUGUUAACAUUUCAUCUCCAAAGUUUUAAAAUAAUGAAAUUUGGUAGAUUUACGGUGAAGAUUUUGUAUCUAAUGUAAUUGGUAAUAUUACCAUUAUUUUGUUUAAUAUCUUUUUUACAUUGAUUAAUAGAAUACUUUUUAGUCAUCCAGUAUAACAUAACUGGUUUAUAAACAAUGCAUCUAUUAUUAUGUUGAAGUAAUUUGGAAAAAGAUAUCAGUUUUGAGUGUGUUAUUGUAAAUUAAUGCACAGAAAGAGUUCAAAUGGGCAGGAAUAUAAUCACAAAGGCCAAUAGGCCCUAGUUGUUGUUUUUCAUGCUCAACUAUUUAUGUUCUUGCAUCAGCAUAAUUUUUUUUUCGACUGAAGUUUUUGGUUAAAGUUUGCGUGCAAUAACAUUUUAGGCUAUAUCUCAAUAAAUCUUGUGUUAUUUUUAUUAUAACUUAACACACAUAGACUUACAGACAGAAAGUCCUAUUACAUAUAGUUAGAAUCUGCAAUCAUGGAAUCUCUGGAAAAAUCUGGCCAAUUUUGCUAAGGAUUCUAUCUCUACGAUAAAUGAUAGGUAUUUAGAAUAUUUUGUUUGUUAGUCACUGACAAGUACCAUAACUCUAGCACCUUUUGCUUUUUUUAUGUUAAGGCUACAUUAUUGCAAUAUGAACACACUAUUUACACACACUGCAUUUGAUCAAAAUUUGGGUUGUGCAUUUUCUAUUUAUUUAUAUUUUUUCUCUAUCUUUACAUGUUAUAAAAUAGAUAACUUACAUUUUACUAUUUUAUUAAUUUCAUUUUGCAAAUGGUUAAUAAUUCUUAUCAAGUGUUAUAGACUUUUAACCACUUUCUUGUAUAUAUCCUGAUGAGUGUGUAAUUUGACUUAUGGGGUUAUGAGAUUGGAAUUGCUUUAUUCUGGGGACAAUGGCUGACCUUUAUUUUUUUCCCUAUAUGUUUCUCACUAGAACAAACAUAUCCCAUAUAACGCACUGAAAAAUUGAAAUUAAGUCAAGCUUUUAUGAUCACUAGGGCGUCGUUGUUGUUAUGCAAACAAUUUAAGGUAGCCCAUUAUUCAAACAUUUUAAAGGUUAUCAAGUUUGACUAUGAAACUCGGAAUACUUUCUUUAUAUCAUAACAAGGUGCAGUUGUUAGACAAGUGGCAUAAUUCUGAAAGUAAUUUAAUUAGAGUUAUGCCCUAUUUUAACUUUUUAACAGACGAGUGUCAUCACGUCAUGCAUUGCUCUUGUUAAACAUAUUGUUGACUAAGUAUUUUGAACACAUAAUUUAUACACAUUGCAUCUGAUCAAAAUUUGGGCUGUGUAUUUUCUUAUUUUUAGCUCGACUUUUCUAUGAAAAGGGGAGCUAUCCUACUCGCCCCGGCGUCGGCGUCGGCGUCGGCGUUGGCGUCACACCUUGGUUAAGUUUUUCGUACCACCCCACUUUAUUUCAGAAGUAUUACAAGUAUGGCUUUGAAACUUACCAUACUUGUUCACCAUCAUAACCUCCAUCUACAGACAAGAGUACAUAACUCUGUCAAGGUUUUUGACAGAAUUAUGGCCCUUUUUUGACUUAGAAAGUGUAUUGAGCUUGGUUAAGUUUUUUGUACCACCUCACUUUAUUUCAAAACCAUUGGAGGUAUUGCUUUGAAACUGACCAUACUUGUUUACCAUCACGACCUUCAUCAACAGACAAGAGGACAUAACUCUGUCAAGGUUUUUGACAGAAUUAUGCCCCUUUUUGACUUAGAAAAUACAUUGAAUAUGGGUAAAAUCCACUUAUUGCCUUAACCCUUUGAGAUAUUGCUUUGAAACUUUUAAUGCUAUUUCACAUCAUUACCCCCAUCUGUACGCAAGAGAAGGUAACUCUGUCAAGGAUUUGUUUUAAAAAUUAAGGCCUUUUAUCGACUUAGAAUCUUGGUUAAGUUUUUAGUACCAGUCCACUUUUUGACUGAACUGUUUGAGAUAUUAAUUUGAAAGUUGGAAUACUUGUUUACAAUCAUGAUUCCCAAACAUGUCCAGGAGAAGGUAAUUCUGUCAAAGAUUUUAUUUGAAUUAUGGCCCUUAACUGUCAAUGUUUUGUAUUAUAGGCAAGCACUAAAAAACUUAAAAAAUCUAAAAAAAUUCAUUCCUAUCCACUUGUUCACUUUACCAUAAAUUAUGUCAUAAUAAAAUAAUUCUUCACUAAAUAUCUUAAUGCUCAUGGCCAUUGUUCACUUUAAAAAUACAGAGAUUCUUGUAUUGCCUUUUACUGCAAAAACUUUUUUUAUUGGCAAGCAAUAAAAAAGUCGAGCGCGCUGUCUUACGGACAGCUCUUGUUCUUAAGUGUAGUUUAAAAUGCUUAAAUUAUAUUGUUUACCAAUAAUCUUUCAAUAUUGCAAUUUAAACACCUAAUUUAUAAACGCUGGAAAUUGGAUUGUCAUAUGUACAUAUAGAAGCAUUCAUCCCACAUCAUUAUAUAUAGACUAUAUACUACUGGUUGCUGUAUCUAAGUAUUUUGAUAUUGCCUGUACUAUCCCUAAUAAUCAAUUAUGAACAGGUAUUCCAUAUCUAAACCAUGACAAGUCGUAUACACAAUUUCAUCACGGUUAAAUUACAAUGCUAAAAUUACAUUGUUUAGCAGUAAUCACACACUCAGAGGCACUUAUAACCCGACACUUACAUUUUUCUGUAUAAUUUGUUUAUUUGGGAACUGAUUUUGUUCAACUUUGGGCCAUACAAAAGUCAACAUAUCUUACUUACUGCUUAGAAUUUAAUUUACAAUUCAUUGACAAGAAAAUAGAGAAAAUAACAAAACAAAUAUGCUUCUGCAAAAUAAAAAAUAACAGAAUGGCUGUAAAUUUUGUAACAAAAUUCAAAGUCUCUGAAUCCCACCAAAUCUUAUGUUAACCAGUUCUAAUACUUUGUGUGUCCUCCCAUGGCUAUAACAACGUGUAACCACCUGUCUCAUGGUUAUAACGUAGUUUCUCAUGAAAGCUUGGGGAAUAUUUGUCCAUUCUUGAACAAGGGCUUCCUCAAGUUCCAGCAACUCCUGCAUACCAAGGCACCAGGUCUAAAUAUCACAAUUGUCAGCUGAAUUGAACAGGCGUGUGAGAAAGCGACCAGAAGCCCCUUACAAUUGUUUGAACUUGAGCAAGCCCUUGUUUAGGAAUAGAGAACUGUGGGGCAAAGGUGUUUACGUUGUUAUAGCCAAUUGGGUGGACACACAAAGUGUUUAACUGUUGAACAUACAGAUUUAGUAGGAUUAACAGACUUUUCAUUUUGUAACGACUUUUACAGUCAUUCUGUGAUUUUUCAUUUUACAGUAGCCUACUUGUUUUCUUGCUUUUUU